CAACGUGAUACCGUUGAGAAACACGUCGGCAGACUCGCUGCUGAAGGAUACCGACAGUGAGGACUCCAACGACGAGAUUCCAAACAUACGAAAGGUGAACGAGACCUGGUAUUACAAAGCGACGAGUUACGGCGAGUCAGUGAGCGUAAUUAACGAAAGAAGAGAAGAAAAUAUUAGCGAUCGUAGCAGUGAUAGUGGAGGUGGGUGGGAGCCGAAAGUGAGUAUCAAUCACGAAAUAAGGAGGAGCGAUUACGACGCAGCUGUGGCGGGUGAGCUGGCUUGCCUCGCGGGAUACAUGGCGGGGUAUCUGAAGGCGGCGGGUGCCACUUGUGCCCCGACCGGAAGUCCUCAGUACCACCCCCACAGUCAUCCGGCAAUGGGAGUUGGAACGCAUCCACAUGCACAUACUCAUCCGCACCCUGGUGCACCACAUCCAGGACUACCAUCCCCGUUUGCUCUUGCUACACACGGACAUCCUCAUCCUCAUCCGUUGGAACAUGGAUUAGCAGCAUUUCCACAAGGAAUGAACCAACGCAAACAACGUCGUGAAAGGACAACCUUCACUAGGGCCCAACUUGACGUAUUGGAAGGGCUCUUCACAAAAACAAGAUAUCCAGACAUAUUUAUGCGCGAGGAAGUUGCGCUUAAGAUCAAUCUACCGGAGUCGAGAGUACAGGUGUGGUUCAAAAAUCGUCGAGCGAAAUGUAGACAACAAUUACAACAGCAACAACAACAGCAACAACAGCAACAACAAAACUCACCGUCUAAGGGUUCACCGAGAGCGAGCCAAUCUCAAACAAAUGGAAACCAGAGUGGGAAAAUGGCCGCUACGACCAGCUCGUCGACGCAACCAAGUCGACGUUCAUCACCGGUCUCCCCACCACGUGGAAAGGAGGCACCAAGUACGAACUCGCCGUUGUUAUCGGCCAGUUCGUCUUAUCCACGGCUUGGUGUAACUCCGACCGGUGGAAGUGGUGCCAAUAGUGCUCUUACGACACCAUCACCCCCGCUCACACCUGGAUCGAGUCAGCUACCCCCAUCCUCGUAUCCUCCGCCAAUGAACCAGAUUCACCACGGUGAAUACGGUUUCACGUGGAGCUCUGCAUCACCCGGAUCUGUGAAUCCGAGUCAGUGUUAUGCAGGGCAGACUUACAAUGCCUACCAGAAUCCAUACACCAGCGGCGAUUAUUAUCAGACCCAAAUAUCCCACAUGCAUCACAGUCCGCAGGGGAACUAUCACCAUCCCCAAUAUCAUCAUAACAUGGCAUUAACGUCUUCGAUGUCACAUCUUACUACCCAUCAUCUCAAUCCAAGUAGCAGUAACGAGAUGACGAAUACUACUGCUGAUAACGAUGGGUACAUUUUGCCCGAUCAAAAAUAUCAGGCGAUGGUAUAGCGCAACACCAGGACCUCAGGAAUAUUUCAUCGUGGACAACAAGAGGCUAUCGGGAGCGUUCCUAAUUCAUCGACGACGGUAUCAUCUUCGGCAUCAUCUUAUCAUUGGCGUAUCAAUAAUGCUCCUAAUUGUCACGAAAUAAACGGUAGUCUCGAUUCUUCUGACGAUAAUUAAUUUCGGUCCACGAUGGAUUCCUUUGUUUAUUCUUCUUCUACUUUUUUUUAUUCUUUUCCUUUUCUUUUUUAUUUUUCUGUGCUUUUUCAACAGAACCCAAGAGAGAUUCUGUUUUUUUUCGUCGAUUUUUUUUUAAAUCGUCGUAAACAAAAAAGGGAAUUCCAUUAAUUGAUUUUAUUCAUUUUUUUCUCGCGAUUAUUCUUGCUUCGUUAAUAAACGUAAUCUUCAUCAUUA